CCCGCUCCCUGGUUGGCUGUCAGGUGGGGGCGCGUCUCCCCGCCCCCAGUCUGUCUGCGGCUGAGGCAACUCCUCCAACCUCGGAGCAGUUGUCAUUUCCGGAGUAAGAUGGCUGCAGCGCUUGUGCUGAGGACCUGGAGCCGGACUGCAGGGCAGCUGAUUUGUGUACGCUACUUUCAAACACGUGGUAAUGUUCAUGUUUUGAAGCCAAAAUAUGUGUGUUUCUUUGGUUAUCCUCCAUUCAAGUACAGUCAUCCACAUCAGUGGCUAAAAACAACUGCUGCUCUCCAGGGACAGAUUGUUCAGUUCAAACUCUCAGACAUUGGAGAAGGUAUUAGAGAAGUAACUGUUAAAGAAUGGUAUGUAAAAGAAGGAGAUACAGUGUCUCAGUUUGAUAGCAUCUGUGAAGUUCAAAGUGAUAAAGCUUCUGUUACUAUCACUAGUCGUUAUGAUGGAGUCAUUAAAAAACUGUAUUAUAAUCUAGAUGAUACUGCCUAUGUGGGAAAGCCAUUAGUAGACAUAGAAACGGAAGCUUUAAAAGAUUCAGAAGAAGAUGUUGUUGAAACCCCUGCUGUGUCCCAUGAUGAACACACACACCAAGAGAUAAAGGGCCAGAAAACACUGGCAACUCCUGCAGUUCGUCGUCUUGCAAUGGAAAACAAUAUUAAGCUGAGUGAAGUUAUUGGCUCAGGAAAAGAUGGCAGAAUACUUAAAGAAGAUAUUCUCAACUAUCUGGAAAAGCAAACAGGAGCUAUACUACCUCCUUCACCAAAAGCUGAAAUUAUGCCACCUCCACCAAAACCAAAAGACAGAACUAUUCCUAUUCCAAUAUCAAAGCCUCCAGUGUUCACAGGCAAAGACAGAACUGAACCCGUGAAAGGCUUUCACAAAGCAAUGGUCAAGACCAUGUCUGCAGCCCUGAAGAUCCCUCAUUUUGGGUAUUGUGAUGAGGUUGACCUUACUGAACUGGUUAAGCUACGAGAAGAAUUAAAACCCAUUGCUUUUGCUCGUGGAAUUAAACUUUCCUUUAUGCCCUUCUUCUUAAAAGCUGCUUCCUUGGGAUUACUACAGUUUCCUAUUCUUAAUGCUUCUGUGGAUGAAAACUGCCAGAACAUAACAUACAAGGCUUCUCAUAACAUUGGAAUAGCAAUGGAUACAGAGCAGGGCUUGAUUGUACCUAAUGUGAAAAAUGUUCAGAUCCGCUCCAUAUUUGAGAUUGCCACUGAAUUGAACCGCCUCCAGAAAUUGGGCUCUGCGGGUCAGCUCAGCACUAAUGACCUUAUAGGAGGAACGUUCACUCUUUCCAACAUUGGAUCAAUCGGUGGUACCUAUGCCAAACCAGUGAUACUUCCACCUGAAGUGGCAAUUGGGGCCCUGGGAACAAUUAAGGCCCUUCCCCGAUUUAACGAGAAAGGGGAAGUCUUUAAGGCCCAGAUAAUGAACGUGAGCUGGUCAGCUGAUCACAGAAUUAUCGAUGGCGCUACAGUGUCACGCUUCUCUAAUUUGUGGAAAUCCUACUUAGAAAACCCAGCUUUUAUGCUACUAGAUCUGAAAUGAAGAUUGAUCAGACAUCCUUGAACUUUCUGAGCUUCCAAAGAACGCACAGAGCCCAGCUGUGCAGCACAUGUUCCUCAUUGCAGUUUGUAUUGUAAAUGACUUGUAACAUAUGAUUAUGGUUCCAAGGCACAAAGUGGAUCAACUGUUCUGUUAGGCUUUUACUGUAAAGGAAUAAUGGUGUACUAGUUCUCCCAGGGCUGUCACAUUUUAUAGGUCACAGUAUAACUUCUUAAUAUGGUGCUGAGGUCUUUGUGUCCAUAGAUUGAAACUGGCAGGAACAACACAGUGAAUAUUACUGAGAGACAGACAGCCAUAUACAGUAUUCACCCUGUUUUCUCUCUCUCUCUUUUUUUAAAUUUUAUUUUAAACUGACUCUUAAUGAAACUUAGAGAGUUUCAUUAUACCUAGUUGGGAAAAGGAAUUUAUAUGCAAAUAUAUUUUCUAUUUCCCCACAAUAAUGCAAAUUAUUUUAUAAAGUAAGUGCAAUUACAUUUACCUUUUAAGAUAUCCAGGAGUCUGUUGUUCUGUAGCUAUUAUCAUCUGUAAAUGUCUUAUUUGUAUAAAGUAAUGUCUUUUAAAAGUGAAAAUUAUAAGCUAAUCUUAAAAUGUCCAAUUAUAGUUCUGUAACCUAUAAGGCCAUUAAAAGUAUUUGUUUAAAGUGGAUAAACUUUUAGAAUUUUGGUAAUGUUUUAGUGUUUUAUUGGGAGAAAUUUCACUUUUACAACCUUGCUUCAAUGUGAGGAAGGUACUUGAAAUGUGCCAGUCACUGACAUUGUCUUACAUUGAGAAAUCCAUUACCUUUUAAUUUUAUUUUUAUAAAUAAAAUUAUAUUUUUAUUUUAUAAUUAAAGUAAAAGUUAAAGUAAAUUUCUUGGUGUUCAGCUAAAAAGGAUAGACUAAGAAAUUAGAGUCUUUUCCGUUCUCCAUAUCCCUAGAAGGAAUUUGAAUCAGGGGAGAGAGAAGACUAAUGGCUAAUUAUGGACAUUAAAAUAAUAAAUUUUGCACAGAAAUAAAGGUAUCCUCAUGAUCAUUUUUUUAGAAGCCCACUUGAAUCAGAAAGUCAGGUUGUUUCUGAUAUUGUCUAAGUGAAUCCUGUUGUUCAAGUGAAGUUUUGUGACAGAAAAAGUUGUUUUAAUGUCUUUUUGAUUUUUUUCAAAAUUAGAAAUCAUGUGUAAGUCAGAAAAUAAUGGAUCUAAUAAAUGUUAUUCUUUUUAAAAUUCAGAUAAUAUGAAGAGUUGCAAAGAAAAUAAAAUCAUCCAUAAUCCUACCACUAUUAACAGUUAGAUCAAGGUAUCUGUAUACAUGGCUGUUCUUUUUAUGAAAAUGAGAUUGUGCUGGAUCUGUUAUUUUAUAAUUUGAUUUUUAAUUUAACAUUAUAUUAUCAGUCAAUAAACGAUUCCAUAUUAUAAUCCUUUUAAA